AUGUCUCAGUAUGGAAGUUCUUCAAAUUUAAAUGAUACAGGUUAUUCAGGUGUUGGUGGUGGUGGUGGUGGUGAAGAUGAUGAUAUAAUAAUUGAAAAUGACAAUAUUAGUAGUAUAAAGAGUGGAAGCUCAACACCAAACAACAACAAUAGCAACACUAGAUAUAAUAGUAAUAGUAAUAUUAAUAGUAAUAAUGGAACAAUUCUGGCGAAAGAUUGGCUUGCUGUUUCAGGUUUGUGGUGUUCUGGCUGUGGUGUUUACAGUGUUUCUCGGGAUGAUGUUGGAUUCCAUUAUCGAUUGGAGUUGGUGGCUUGUGUUCUCGCCGAUCUUUGUCAUUCUACUGAUAGGAUUCUCUAUUACAUCGUCGCGUGCUCUCGCUACGAUCGUCUCGUGGAUCAUCAGACUCACCUGGGUGGUAUGGGUGAUUGGCGCCACCGUUUUUGUCUUUAUGAUGAUCGUUCAUCUGCAGUACGCACCGAGCGUUCUGACGCCGCUCAUCAUCAUCUCGCCGAUCAUCGUGAUUAG